CGUUUGCGCGAGCAAGGAGGCUGGAUGAUUCCCCGCAAAGCCCUCGCUAUGAGGCCGAUCGAGGUAGAGGCGACUCCUGCGGCAGAUGGGAGACAGAUCAGGGCCGACGAGAUGGAUACAGGGACGACAGAUACGAGUGAUCGGACCGAGACGGAUAUAGGAACGACAGAUACGAGAGAUCGGACCGAGACGGAUAUAGAGACGACAGAUACGAGAGAUCGGACCGAGACGGAUAUCGGGACGACAAAUACGAGAGGUCGGGUCGAGAUGGCUACAGAGCUGGUAGGUAUGAAAGAGGAGAUCGGGACUCGGAACGACGAGAUGGGUCGCGCGAACGGUUUGAGCGCGGGGGAGAUGCGAGAGAACAGCACGACGAGUCGAGGGGGUGGUACAACCGAGGGGACCGACGCGAUGAGUCACGAGGGCGAUAUGACUCGGGGGACCGCCGGAAUGAUUCGCGAGGGCGAUAUGAGCAAGGAGGGUCUGGAGGAGACCGCCGCAACGAUUCGCGCGGUCGGAAUGAGAGAGGGGGAUAUGGCGUCUCAUCAUAACCAUAUCCCAAAUGGUCUAAAAGAUGUAUCGAUGUUCCCUUCGAUGAAGGAGAAUGUCGAAGCAAGGAGAGUAAAGUCGAGUAAAGAAAAGGAGCCGGUCAGGAGCCAGAGCAUCAAGAUAACCUUUGAGGGGGAUAUGUCGACCACACCCAUAAGGGUGACAGCCACCAAGUCGGCGAGAGGGUCUACAUUGAAGAAGACUGACACGGAUUACGUGAUGGCGGAAAAGGACGGGCAGCGGGUCGAUGGAGAGGAGGUUAUCAUUUCGCCGCGAAAGCGGGGAGUGAAGAAGUUCUUAAUGAAGAGUUCGCUGGAUGAGAUUGACACGGUCGACCCACUGAGGCGGGCCCUUCCGCAACCCAUGCAGUGCUCUAUUCUGGAGUACCUGGCGGCAUCGAAGCCGGCUCGUGAUGAGUUACAGAUGAUCACGCGGAAGACUCGCAUAACUCUAUCGGAGGAGGGUCAGGGGGCCCCUAAGGUGGAAGCUUCUACAGUAGCAGUAACGGGGGUGACUACCAGAGCGGAUCGCAUGGCGACAGUCCUUCUCGAUGGAAUGGAAGGUGUGCCUCCAAACAAGUUUUAUAUACUUGGUAGCGGGGCCGUGGAGACGAUUAUAAASGAUGGAGCGGUACUCGAUGCUGUGAUCGAUAACGGCAGUGAGGCUGUUAUCAUAGACGAGGACCUGGCAGUACAGGUUGGACUGAGCCUCGAUAGGUCAUACCUAUUCGAGAUAGAGACGGCUGAUGGGAGAAAGCAACAGAUCACUAGGGUUUGUCACAAGGCAGCCAUAGAGGUCCAGGGGGUACGAGUGACCCUGCCUGUCUUUGCAGUCAAGAACUGCAGCUCCGACCUGCUCUUGGGUGGAACGUGGCUGAGCCACGUGCAUGAGGUGACGAUAGAGCGACCUGAUGGAAGUCAAACAUUGUCCAUUAAGAAGCCAGACGGGACGCGGGUAAUGAUUGAGACAGUGGAGCCUCGGGACCCGAGAAACAGAGCAGCUCUCGCUGUGGGUGCGAGACCUAGUGAUCAGAUUAAGUCGUUACCUAUCUCCGUCCACGCGGUGUGAUUUCGCAAGAAGAAAUAUGGACCACUGCUCACAGAGGAAGAAGGUCGGAUCGUAGAGGUGAAAGAUUUAGGGAAUCGGCUAAUAGUGGAC